AGAAAGAUCCGAAUUGAAUAUUCCGGGUCUACACAGAUUGUGAAACUUGACCCGCUUUGAUGGACUGGAUUCCGUGUCCGUGCUGGGGAACCAACGACGAUGAAAACUCCGGCGAGGUGGCGGAUCGUGAUCCGGUGCUUCUAGUCUCUGGAAUCGGAGGCUCCAUUCUGCAUUCUAAGAAGAAGGAUUCAAAGUCUGAAAUUCGGGUUUGGGUUCGAAUAUUUCUCGCCAACCUUGCCUUUAAGCAGAGCCUCUGGUCUCUCUAUAAUCCCAAAACUGGUUAUACAGAGCCGUUGGAUGAUAAUAUUGAAGUAUUGGUCCCUGAUGAUGACCAUGGACUCUAUGCAAUUGACAUUCUAGAUCCCUCCUGGUUUGUGAAGCUUUGUCACUUGACAGAGGUUUAUCACUUUCACGAUAUGAUAGAAAUGCUGGUUGGAUGCGGUUAUAAGAAGGGGACUACAUUAUUCGGAUAUGGUUACGAUUUCCGUCAAAGCAAUAGGAUCGAUCUACUGAUACUAGGUCUGAAGAAGAAGCUGGAAACUGCAUAUAAACGUUCAGGGGGGAGAAAAGUCACUAUCAUCUCCCAUUCAAUGGGAGGAAUUAUGGUUUCAUGUUUCAUGUAUCUCCAUCCGGAGGCUUUUUCCAAGUAUGUAAAUAAAUGGAUUACAAUUGCAACACCUUUCCAAGGAGCACCAGGGUGCAUCAAUGAUUCAAUCUUGACUGGAGUGCAAUUUGUGGAAGGGUUAGAAAGUUUCUUUUUUGUGUCAAGAUGGACGAUGCACCAACUGUUGGUCGAAUGCCCAUCUAUAUACGAGAUGAUGGGAAAUCCAGAUUUUAAGUGGAAAAAGCAACCAAAGAUUCGAGUUUGGCGUAAGAAAUCUGAAAACGACGAUGACACUUCUGUAGAACUGGAAUCAUUUGGCCUAAUCGAGAGUAUUGAUCUAUUCAACGAUGCAUUAAAAAAUAACGAGCUAAGCUACGGUGGGAACAAAAUAGCUUUGCCCUUUAACUUUGAUAUCCUCGACUGGGCGGCUAAGACGAGAGAAAUUCUCAACAAAGCGCAACUUCCUGAUGGAGUUUCCUUCUAUAACAUUUACGGAGUGUCACUUGAUACACCCUUUGAUGUUUGUUAUGGCACAGAGACUUCUCCGAUAGACGAUUUGUCUGAAAUAUGUCAAACUAUGCCUGAGUAUACAUAUGUAGAUGGAGAUGGAACUGUACCUGCUGAAUCAGCUGCGGCUGCACAGUUUAAAGCAGUUGCGAGCGUAGGAGUUUCUGGUAGCCACCGCGGGCUUCUCCGUGAUAAAAGAGUGUUUGAGCUCAUUCAACAAUGGUUAGGAGUUGAGCCCAAGAAGGCUAAACGGAAGCAUUUAAGGACUCACAAAGUUGUCGAUUCUGAGGUUCCUUCAUCUGCAAAUGCUACUGAUUCUGUGAUGGAAUCGAUCGGCGACGACGAUGAGCUCAGUAGCAAAACAGUUUCUCUUCCGAGAAGAAUCUCGUUUACGAUUCUUCUUCUUCUUCUUCUGUUAAUCUCCUUGAGUACGAGGGUCUCUGGUUCGAUUGACGAAUCCGGAAGAAGAGUGAUUGAAGCGAGAACUGGGCAAGACUUGAUUUGGGUUGUUCAGCUAUCUGAUCUCCAUUUCAGUGUUCAUCAUCCCGAGAGAGCCAUUGAUUUCAAAAACAUUGUGGGUCCUGCUCUGUCUCUUAUCAACCCUUCUCUCGUCCUCAUCACUGGAGAUCUCACAGAUGGGAAAAGCAAAGACAUGUUAACAAUGAAGCUAAAUGAAGAUGAGUGGUUAGAAUACGAGAGUGUGAUGCAAGAUGUUGUGAAAAGAAGUGGGCUUAAUAAGAGCAUAUUUUAUGAUCUUAGGGGUAAUCAUGACAACUUUGGUGUUCCGGCUGUUGGUUCAUCUGUUGAUUUCUUCUCGAAGUAUAGCAUCAAUGGACAGAUGGGAAGGAAAGGAAAUGUUAACACUGUCACUGUUGAGACUAGCGAACGUAAACAUCUGUUUGUCGGUAUUGACACCACAAUGCAUAUUGGAUUACGCGGCCCAACAAAUCUCUUUGGGCAUCCAACUGAUGAACUUUUGAGCUCACUCGACUCACACCUGUCGCAAUGGGAUAACCAAUCAGCAAAACCUGUUGCAAAAAUAUCAUUUGGGCAUUUCCCAUUGUCAUUCACAGCGCUGUCACAUUCUCAAAAGAGCCUUAAAGAUGUUUUUCUGAAGCACUCCAUCUCAGCUUAUGUGUGUGGCCAUCUACACUCAAAGUUUGGCAAGAAUCUUAAAAGACAUCAUCACUCUGGUGGUAUCAGUUUAUCAGAUAAUGACUUGUUUCAGUUGAACAUGAGGCAGAGUGGUGCUGAAAGUACUUCGAACUGCUCAUUUGGAGCCUUACCAGCUGCAGAAUUUUGGGAAUGGGAGAUGGGUGACUGGAGAAAAAACAGGGCAAUGCGGAUCAUGGCCAUUGAUAGGGGUCAUGUUUCAUAUGUUGAUCUUGACUUCAAGUCAAAAUCCCAGAGGACUAUCAUAUUACCGACCUUUCCAUUAGAUUCACGUUUUAUGUCAACAUCCUUUGCACGUCACAAAUACGAAUGCCAACAUAUGAUCUCAUCAUCCUAUGACGCGAUAAGAGCCAUUGUGUUUUCUCAUUCCCUGAUUGUGGAAGUUGUAGCUAGAGUUUAUGACUCAAGUCCUGGAUUUGACAACCUGGUCAUGGAAGCUCCAAUGAGAAAACUUGGAGGCGAUUCUUCUUCUUCCGGGGCAACAUUCUUUUCAGUUCCAUGGAAUUAUAGGGCCUUUGAAGAUCCCUUACCUGAUAGAUUUUGGCUGCAAAUAGAAGUCACUGACAUCAAAGGCAGAUUAACUUUAUCAGAAAUGCGACCAUUUUCCAUCAAUGGUCUAAGUUCUAAAGUUUCAUGGACAUGGAAUGAGUUUCGUGUCAUGGGCUGCCAAUGGGCAGCAUUAUAUUACCCGAUUCUUUGGGCUGCUAUGUAUAGUUUGUUUCUCGUUUUUCUUAUCCCCAAAUGCAUCAUCGUCGUUUUCAAGAAGCAGUACACUCUCAAGAAGUUCAUUGCCAAGAAAGGACCAAUCACACUUGUACUGUGGAUUCUCCAAGACCUAUGCAGAAUGCCUGUGGUUUGGUUCGGUUACAUGGCAUACUUGUUGUAUCUGAUAUUCUUUCCUUGGUUCUCGGGUGAAGUGUUUACUGAUUCCGGAAACAGAACAUACAUGACUAUUAUGGGAUGGGUGGUGACGAGCUCAGGCGCAGAUAGGAAACAUGAAUACAUUGGACAACCUGAUGUAAUGGUUCUGGUGAUCCCACAUGUGGUCUUUGUUGUUAUCCCCAGUGUCUUGCUUGUGUGUUGUCUGGUUGCUGAGAGAGAAAUCUACAAAGAUCACAUUCGAACCGUCUCUGGUAAGAAAGAGGAUGAUCAUGACCGGGGAAGGAAGAAGAGAUCACAACGCCGCUCGCUGUUAUUCUCUAACAGAAGACUGUUUCGGAAAUCACUCUUGGUGGCUUCAUUAGCUCUAUAUUGGAAGCAUUUCAAGAAUUGCUGGGCAUUAGCUAGAGCUUAUGAGAUGAAUGUGGUUCAUUUUCCUGGUUACAGUCUUGUAAUGACCAUGGAUGCUGAUGCCAUGGGAACUGAGACCACUGAUCAAGUCUCUGCUUCUCCUCUACAUUUUGCUAGAAGUUAUCAGGUAGAGGCACUUGACAAAGCUAUCAAGCAGAACACUAUUGUCUUCUUGGAGACUGGUUCUGGCAAGACCCUUAUUGCCAUUAUGCUUCUUCGUAGCUACUCCUACCUUUUCCGCAAGCCUUCACCCUGCUUCUGUGUCUUCUUGGUUCCUCAAGUGGUUCUUGUCACUCAGCAAGCAGAAGCCCUGAAGAUGCAUACUGAUCUACAAGUGGGUAUGUAUUGGGGAGACAUGGGGGUUGACUUUUGGGAUUCUUCAACAUGGAAACAACAAGUCGAUAAAUAUGAGGUUUUAGUGAUGACCCCUGCCAUUUUGCUCGAUGCAUUGAGGCAUAGUUUUCUGAACUUGAGCAUGAUCAAGGUUCUUAUAGUUGAUGAGUGUCAUCAUGCUGGGGGAAAGCACCCCUAUGCUUGUAUCAUGAGGGAGUUCUAUCAUAAGGAGUUAAAUUCUGGCACUUCCGAUGUUCCACGGAUAUUUGGGAUGACUGCAUCCCUUGUGAAAACAAAGGGUGAAAAUCUGGACAGCUACUGGAAAAAGAUUCAUGAACUCGAAACUCUUAUGAAUUCAAAGGUCUAUACCUGUGAGAGUGAGUCUGUGCUGGCUGGGUUUGUCCCCUUUUCUACACCAAGGUUCAAAUACUACCAGCACAUGGGGAUACCAAGUUCCAAACGAGCAAUCUUGGUAGAGAAGCUAGAAAAACUAAUGAUAAAGCAUCGCUUAUCCCUUGCAACAUUGGAUCUCAACUCCGCUACCGUUGAUUCUAUAGAGAAGAAACUGUCGAGGAUAAGUUUAACUCUAACAUAUUGUUUGGAUGAUCUUGGAAUUUUGCUGGCGCAGAAGGCUGCUCAGUCAUUGUCAGCCAGUCAGAAUGACUUUUUCUUGUGGGGCGAACUAAAUAUGUUUAGCCUGACAUUGGUUAAAAAAUUCUGCUCUGAUGCUUCACAGGCGUUUUUGGCUGACAUACCUCAUGGUCUUAAUUGGAGUUUUGCAAACAUAAAUGGAAAUGUGGAGGCAGGUCUCCUAACAUCAAAAACAUUCUGCCUCAUUGAGACUCUUCUUGGUUAUAGCUCAUUGGAGAACAUACGGUGCAUCAUUUUUGUGGAUAGGGUGAUAACAGCCAUUGUUCUGGAAUCUCUGUUGGCUGAGAUUCUUCCAAACUGUAAUAACUGGAAAACCAAGUACGUUGCUGGGAAUAACUCUGGUCUGCAAAAUCAAACUCGGAAGAAGCAAAAUGAAAUUGUGGAAGACUUCCGGAGAGGCUUGGUAAACAUCAUUGUAGCAACAUCUAUUCUAGAGGAGGGACUAGAUGUUCAAAGUUGCAAUCUGGUUAUCAGAUUUGAUCCUCCAACCAACAUUUGCAGUUUCAUACAGUCUCGUGGGCGUGCUAGAAUGCAAAAUUCAGAUUAUUUGAUGAUGGUGGAAAGCGGAGAUCUGGUAACACAAUCUCGGUUAAAAAAAUAUUUUUCUGGUGGGAAAAGAAUGCGUGAAGAGUCUUUGCAUCAUUCUCUUGUUCCCUGUCCACCUCUUCCAGAUGAGUCAGACGAACUAUUCUUCCGUGUCGAAAGUACUGGCGCAACUGUAACUCUUAGCUCAAGCGUCAGCUUAAUAUAUCAUUACUGCUCAAGGCUUCCUUCAGAUGAGUACUUCAAACCUGCUCCUAGAUUUGAUGUAAACAAGGAUCAGGGGAGUUGUACGCUUUACCUUCCUAAGAGCUGCCCAGUAAAAGAAGUUAAAGCUCAAGCAAAUAAUAAAGUGUUAAAACAAACUGUCUGUCUUGAAGCUUGCAUUCAACUGCACAAAGUUGGAGCUCUAAGUGAUCAUCUUGUGCCUGACAUGGUUGUGGCGGAAACUGUCGCACAAAAACUCGAGAAAAUCCAAUAUAACCCAGAGCAGCCAUGUUACUUCCCCCCAGAGCUAGUCUCCCAGUUUUCAGCACAGCGGGAGACAACGUACCACUUCUACCUAAUAAGAAUGAAGCCAAACUCUCCAAGAAAUUUUCAUUUAAACGAUGUUUUACUAGGCACCAGAGUUGUGCUUGAAGGUGACAUUGGGAACACAGGCUUCCGGUUGGAAGAUCAUAAGGGUACCAUAGCUGUGACAUUGAGUUAUGUGGGAGCUUUUCACCUCACACAAGAGGAGGUCCUUUUGUGUAGAAGAUUUCAGAUAACUCUAUUCCGAGUUCUUUUAGAUCACAGUGUGGAAAAUUUGAUGGAGGCAUUGAAUGGAUUGCUUCUCAGAGACGGGAUAGCACUUGAUUAUCUACUAGUUCCAUCCACUCAUUCACAUGAAACAUCUCCUAUUGAUUGGGAAGUGAUCAGAUCCGUGAAUCUAACUUGUCAUGAAGCUUUGGAAAAACACGUAAAUUGUUCUAUCAACGGCGCUUCUCGUAUUCUACACACAAAAGACGGCUUGUUUUGUACUUGUGUUGUACAAAACGCAUUGGUUUACACACCACAUAAUGGAUACUUCUACUGCACGAAAGGCGUUCUCAACAAUAUAAAUGCAAAUUCAUUUUUGACGAAGAGAAAUUCUGGCGAUCAGACUUACAUGGAGUACUACGAGGAAAGGCAUGGGAUUCAAUUAAACUUUGUGGAUCAACCUCUUCUGAAUGGAAGACACAUUUUCACGUUGCAUAAUUAUCUUCACAUGACCAAGAAGAAAAAGGAGAAAGAGCAUGACAAAGAGUUUGUUGAACUACCUCCUGAACUGUGUCAUGUCAUUUUGUCCCCAAUAUCAGUUGAUAUGAUCUAUUCAUAUACUUUUAUCCCAUCUGUUAUGCAACGCAUUGAAUCUUUGCUUAUAGCAUACAACCUAAAGAAGAGCAUCCCAAAAGUCAAUAUCCCAACCAUCAAGGUUUUGGAAGCUAUCACGACAAAGAAGUGCCAAGAUCAGUUCCACUUGGAAUCACUAGAAACUCUUGGUGACUCUUUUCUUAAAUAUGCUGUUUGUCAGCAACUAUUCCAACACUGCCAUUCUCACCAUGAGGGUCUUCUUAGCGCGAAGAAAGAUGGAAUGAUUUCAAAUGUCAUGCUCUGCCAAUUUGGAUGUCAGCAGAAACUUCAGGGAUUUAUCCGCAAUGAGUGUUUUGAACCUAAAGGUUGGAUGGUACCUGGUCAACAUUCUGCAGCUUAUGCACUUGUAAAUGAUACCCUACCCGAGUCUAGAAACAUAUACGUUGCUAGUAGGAGGAAUUUGAAACGAAAGAGUGUGGCUGAUGUUGUAGAAUCACUAAUUGGAGCAUAUCUCAGCGAGGGAGGUGAACUUGCAGCUUUGAUGUUCAUGAAUUGGGUCGGUAUAAAGGUCGAUUUCACUACUACGAAGAUCGAGAGAGAGUCCCCAAUACAAGCAGAGAAGCUUGUGAAUGUAGGUUAUAUGGAGUCGCUGUUGAAUUACAGUUUUGAGGAUAAGUCUCUUCUUGUUGAAGCAUUGACUCAUGGUUCAUACAUGAUGCCUGAAAUUCCAAGAUGCUAUCAGCGGUUGGAGUUCCUCGGUGACUCGGUAUUGGAUUAUCUCAUAACCAAGCAUCUAUACGACAAAUAUCCUUGUCUGUCUCCUGGACUAUUAACCGACAUGCGAUCAGCUUCUGUUAACAAUGAAUGUUAUGCUCUAGUGGCGGUGAAAGCAAACCUGCACAAACACAUCCUGUACGCCUCUCAUGAUCUCCACAAGCACAUCUCUAGAACAGUCAGUGAGUUUGAACAGUCUUCUUUGCAAUCCACUUUCGGAUGGGAAUCCGAUAUAUCUUUUCCUAAGGUUCUUGGAGAUGUGAUAGAAUCUUUAGCAGGCGCGAUAUUUGUUGACUCAGGUUACAACAAGGAAGUAGUGUUUGCGAGUAUUAGACCACUUUUGGGUUGUAUGAUAACUCCAGAGACUGUGAAGCUACAUCCUGUGAGAGAAUUGACGGAAUUAUGCCAGAAAGCGCAGUUCGAGUUGAGUAAAACUAAAGAUUUCGAUUCUUUCACGGUUGAGGUGAAAGCUAAGGAAAUGAGUUUUGUUCACACAGCAAAGGCCUCUGAUAAGAAAAUGGCCAAGAAAUUGGCUUACAAAGAAGUCUUGAACUUACUUAAGAACAGCCUGGACUCCUAAAUUUCUUCUUCUUGUCAACUUUAUUGCGCAUUCAUUCAUGAUAAUAAUUGUUUCAGAGAACU